AUGCGCGCUUCACUUCAAUCCGGCCUCCUGGCGGCCUCGAUGGUGGCACCACUAGCUUCGGCUGAGCGUGUGCUGGGUGCAUACUUCUUCGUGCGCCACGGUGAUCGUACCGCCAAGAUCUCCGGCAACACUGUAUUGACCGACCUGGGCUACCACGAGGUCUUUGCGGCGGGCACUUUCUACAAUAACCGCUACAUCGACAACUCCUCGGCCAAGUAUAUCGAGGGCAUCAGCCCCAAUGUCGUCGACCUCACCCAGGUCCUCGCCUCGGCACCCUCGGAUGCGGUGUUGCAAAACUCCGGCACGGGUUUCAUGCAGGGCGUGUACCCUCCCGUCGGCCCGACCCUUGGCGAGAACAAGAUCGCCAACGGGACGACUGUUCAGUCGCCGCUGGGUGGCUACCAGCUGAUCCCGAUCUCCGUCGUUUCUACCGGCGAUGACAGCGAGAACUCGGCCUGGCUGGAGGGUGCCACGGGCUGCCCCAAGGCCACUGUCAGCAGCAAUGACUAUUUCUACUCCAGCGAGUACCUGGAGCUGCUCUCCUCUACCAACGACUUCUAUAAGUCCCUGGCGCCCAUGCUGACCGCGGCCUUCAACGAGUCCUCCACGUCUUACCUGAACGCCUACACGAUCUUCGACUACCUGAAUGUCGCCCGGAUCCACAACGCGUCGUUCCCACAUGAGGACCUGCUGACCGACGCGGCGUACGACCAGCUCCUGACCCUGGCCAAUGCCCACGAGUACGGCCUGGCCUACAAUGCCUCCGAACCCGUGCGGGCCAUUGCCGGUGCCUCUCUGGCCGGCGAGAUCCUGCAGGGCCUCAACGCCACCGUCACCGGCCAGGGUGAGCUGCUGGGCGUUCAGUUCGGCUCCUACGGUACCUUCCUCUCGCUCUUCGGGGUGAUGGGACUGCCCAAGGCCUCGGUGAAUUUCACCGGUAUCCCGGACUAUGCGUCCUCCGCGGUGUGGGAGCUGGUGACGAACGCGACUGGCAGCGGCAUCCCGAGCACCGAUGAUAUCAGCGUGCGCUUCACCUUCCAUAACGGUACCCUCACCGGAUCUGACGAGCCGGUGGCCUAUCCGCUGUACGGUACGAGGAACGAGCUGAUGUCCUGGUCCGACUUUGUGUCGGAGACCCAGAAGGUUGCCGUCACCAGCGACUCGGAGUGGUGCGACGUCUGCGGCCUCACAACGGGUACGUGCGCGACCUCGAGCUCGACCGCCUCUUCCACAUCCGACGACUCAUCCUCUGGUGGCUCUGGCGGGAUCUCGCGCCCCGUUGCUGGUGUCAUUGGCGCCAUGGUCACGCUGGCCGUCAUUCUGGGUCUGGAAGCGGUCUUCCUCCUGCUCGGUGGCUUCACCAUCGCCAAGCGGCGCAAGGGUAGUGUAGUCGAGAGCACGGGAGGUGCCAUGACCGAGGGCAAGAAAUAG